AUGUCCACUCCUACGGUCGCGGUCUGCCCUUCUGGCCGCCUGGCCAGCGUCGCGGCGAUCCCGGCGAGGCCCACGUGGCGAUCUACCCGCGUUGGCCCCAUCCCACGCUGGAGGCCGAUCGAUGGGAUUUGCCAGCGUCAGCCGUCGGUGGUGCCGCGCCGGAUGGCGGUGGCGGUGGCCGCUCCGGCGAGGCAGGUGGAGCAGCGGGAGGAGGAGGGAACCGGGGAUGAAAAAUUCGUGUGGGAGAAGCACUGGUACCCGAUUGCGCCGCUGAAGUGGCUGGAGGAGGCGCAGGGGGAGGGGUUCGAGUCCGGGCUGCCACAGAUCCAGAGGCAGACGAUCCUGGGGAGGGACAUCGUGGUGUGGAAGGACGCGGAGGGGGAGUGGCGGGCGGUGGAGGAUAGGUGCUCGCACAGGCUCGCGGCCCUAUCGCUGGGGAGCGUCCAGAAAGACGGCACCCUGGCGUGCCGCUACCACGGUUGGUGCUUCAACGGCCAUGGUGAGUGCACACACAUCCCUCAGGCCACCGAUGCUGCCUCUGAGGCCACAGCCUGUUCCAGCAGCCGCUCCAAAGUCGUGGCUUUCCCCACACUCGAGGCGGGCGGCCUCCUGUGGGUGUGGCCAGAUGAUUGCCCCACCUCCUGGGUCGACUGUGCCGCAGCCAAACCCCAAAUGGGCAAAUUCACCAAGCAAGAUGCCAAUUGGGUAGUCACUGACGUCCCACUCAGCUACAAGGUGAUGAUGGAAAAUGGCUUUGACCCAUCGCAUGUCAGCCAUGCCCACCAUGGACAACUUGCCUUUGGUGCAAAGUUCUCGCCAGAAGAAGACUUGACGAUCAACGAGUUCAAGCAGACUCGAAAGACAACUGCUGAUGGGGGUUUUGAGGUCAGUCACAGUCCCGUGACAGCAGAUACCCAGGGGCGAAAUGCAGUCGUCGAUUUUCACCCCCCAAAUCUGAUAACCACAGAAGCCCUGAUAAAGGGAAUACUGAAUUUAAAGCUUGGCGUUCAUCAUGUUCCCAUGCGGCCGGGCGUCACGCGAGUGAUAUUUGCCUUGGACUUUGAAGCCAAAGAAGACAAAGACAAGGCUGCGCUCAAGAUAGUGAUGGCCAUCCAAAAGCUGCAGACUUUCUUCAGAGAGCUGCCCCUGAUGCUGUUCCCUGGGUAUGUGAGGGGAGCACUGCGACAUGUGUGCGGGGGUGGAGUGGGACCGGCCCGUGCGCUCUUACUCCAGGACAUAACUUUGAUGCAUUCUGAAGACGCCCAGCUUGCCAGAUCCAAAGCUGAGUGGGCGAAUCAAUACUAUCUUGCAUCCGCAUCAGACAAUGGCGUGGCAGCCUUUCGAAAAUGGCUGCACACGCUUGCUGGUGGAGGGCCAACCUGGUUCAGCAGGGGAACAGAAGAGGAGGCCAUGACAGGCAAGAAAGCAGAGGUGUACGAUGCAUGGAAUCGCCACAGUAGGCGAUGUCCAGAGUGCCGAAAGGCACUGAAGUUUUUGGGAGGCCUGGAGAAUCUUAUGAGAGAAAUGGCUGUGGGCCUGCUGGGCGUGGCAGUGGCUUUGGCUGUGUCCAGGAUAGUGGAUGUCCGCAUGGCCGUGUUCGCCAUAGUCGCUGCUGGGGCAGCACUCCUGGCCUGCCUCGAGGCGCAGAAACUCUCCCACAAACUUGUGACAGACCUGCCCAGCUCUGGUAUGCCAGAGUUCUCUUAUCAGUGGCCAUCUUGA